AGCAGAUGCCCAACAAUGCCCUGCCGCGCCAUGAUUUCAUCUCUAGCACCUUUUUGGGUUCCAUUGCUCAUCCUCUUAAAUAGUUUCUUGGUCCUUGCAGCAGCUCAAGGUGCUUCCCGCAAUGUAAGCGUGGGCGAGUUUCUAACUGCCGAUGAUAAAAACCUUACAUGGCAAUCACCAUCAGGAGAUUUUGAACUUGGGUUUCGCCGUGCUCCAGACCAACAAGAUCUAUUCCUCCUUGCUAUCUGGUUUGCCAAGAUACCAGAAAAAACAAUAGUUUGGUCUGCAAAUGGAGAUAACCUCGUAAAGAUAGAAUCCAAAGUUGAGCUUACCUCCAGUGGUCUAGUGCUCAGUGAUCCUUCUGGCACGAAGCUUUGGUGCACUAACAACACCCAAGAUGGCACUGGAGGAGUAUCCCAUGCAGCCAUGCUGGAUAUUGGAAAUUUUGUCAUCACAAGCACAAAUUCAGACAACAUAUGGGAGAGCUUCCAAAAUCCAACAGACACCAUAUUGCCAGGACAAGAACUAGGCCUAAACAGCACUCUUUCAUCAGCAUUCUCCGCAACAAGCUACAAGAAGGGGAAAUUUCAACUCAAUUUCACCUCCGAAUCUCUAGUCCUCAAUCAAAUAGAUGUCUACACGGGGAAAUCUUUCCAGUUUUACUUCAACAUCACAGAUGGUUCUAGAUUGAUCUUCAACAAAUCCGGGUAUAUCCAGAUCAGAAAAUCAGAUGGAAGUAUUGUUGACAUUGCACCAAAAAAUACAGUCCCAAUGCAAGAUUUUUUCUACAGGGCUACACUUGAUUUUGAUGGAGUUUUCACCUUGUAUUCUCACUCCAGAGCCUCCAAUGGAGAUGAAAGUUGGUCAUCCUUGUGGUAUAGGCCGGACGAUAUCUGCUUCAGCUUUUUGAAUCCAAAUACUCCGCUCGGAAGUGGGCCUUGUGGACACAACAGUAUUUGUCAACAUGAGCUGGAUGGAAGGGUUAAUUGCGAGUGCCCGUUUGGGUUUUCUUUCCUGGAUGCGAAGAAUACGCACUCUGGAUGCAAGCCAGACAACCAGAGCUACCCAGGAGAUUGUAACGAGGAAGGCUCUACCAUCGGGGAGGAUCGUUUUGACUUCAAUCCAAUGCCAUUUGUAGAUUGGCCCUUUAGUGACUACGAACUCCUACAACCUGCAAAUGAAACAGAAUGCAAAAGGUCUUGCCUUCUUGAUUGUACUUGUGCAGUGGCCAUCCUGGAACAUCCGACGCUGAACAAGAACAAUGGUAUUGGAAAAUGCUGGAAGAAGAAACUACCGCUUUCAAAUGGGUGGUACAAUAAAAGCUCAGUUAAUAGAAUAGCACUUAUCAAGGUACCGAAACCAAGUGAACCCCAUUUGAUUCCUCCCAAUCCAAAUCCAGGCGAAAAAAAGCAGAAUCAGGUCAUUCUUAUUCUCUCAGUCUUAUUAGGCACAUCAGCAUUUUUCUACGUCUUUACUUUGAUUAUGGUUUCCUUGCUUCUCUUCUGUUUCUACCAAAGAAAGCUUCAGGAUCUGAACAGGAUCACCAAGAAAGGAGAGAUUGAGACAAAUCUACGUUCCUUCACAUACAAAGAACUCGAAGAUGCCACAAAAGGAUUCAAUGAAGAACUGGGAAAGGGUUCUUUUGGAACUGUUUAUAAAGGAGAACUGUCCAGGAAUUAUGUUGCUGUGAAGAAACUAGACAAGGUUGUUCAAGAAGGGGAAAAAGAGUUCAAGACAGAAGUGAACGUGAUUGGACAAACUCACCACCGAAAUCUGGUUAGAUUGCUUGGAUAUUGUGAUGAGGCUGAGCACCGGCUUCUUGUGUAUGAGUUGAUGCAGAACGGAUCUCUGGCAAACUUCUUCACUCAGAUCAUUCACUGUGACAUAAAGCCUCAGAAUAUUCUCCUGGAUGACUCUUUUACAGCAAAAAUCUCAGAUUUUGGAUUGGCAAAACUUCUGAUUAACAGCAAGAGCAUUAAAAGGCAAAAUCAAGUCGUUCUCAUUCUCUCAGUCCUCUUAGGCACAUCAGCAUUUUUCAACAUCCUUACUUUGGUUGUAGUUUCCUUGUUUCUCAUCUGUUUCUACCAAAGAAAGCUUCCAGAUCUGAGUAAGAUCAACAGGAAAGGAGAGAUUGAGACGAAUUUGCGUUCCUUCACAUACAAAGAACUCAAAGAUGCCACAAAAGGAUUCAGUGAAGAACUGGGAAAGGGUUCUUUUGGAACUGUUUAUAAAGGAGAAUUGUCCAGGAAUUAUGUUGCUGUGAAGAAACUAGACAAGGUCGUUCAGGAAGGGGAAAAAGAGUUCAAGACAGAAGUGAAUGUGAUUGGACAAACUCACCACCGGAAUCUGGUUAGAUUGCUUGGAUAUUGUGAUGAGGCUGAACACCGGCUUCUGGUGUAUGAGUUGAUGCAGAACGGAUCUCUGGCGAGCUUCUUGUUCGGAGUUCUGAGGCCUAGUUGGCAGCAGAGACUGCGGAUUGCAUCUGGAAUCGCAAGAGGACUAACAUAUCUGCAUGAAGAAUGCAGCACUCAGGUCAUUCACUGUGACAUAAAGCCUCAGAAUAUUCUCCUGGAUGAUUCUUUUACUGCAAAAAUCUCAGAUUUUGGAUUGGCAAAACUUCUGAUUAAUAGCAAAAGCCAUACCCUGACAGGCAUCAGGGGAACUAAAGGGUAUGUUGCACUAGAGUGGUUUAGGAGCACUCCCGUCACGGUGAAAGUAGAUGUAUAUAGUUUUGGAGUAGUGUUGUUGGAGAUCAUCUGUUGCAGACGAUGUGUCAUGUUUGAGACGGAGGAGGCAGCAAUCCUAACAGAAUGGGCAUAUGAAUGCUACAGUGAAGGGAAUUUGGGGAAGUUAGUGGAAAAUGAUGAAGAAGCAAGAAACGAUAUGGGGAGGGUGGAGAUGCUGGUGAAGGUGGCAAUGUGGUGCGUGCAGGAUGAGCCAUCACAAAGGCCUAACAUGAGAACAGUCACUAUGAUGCUUGAAGGUGCUGUCCUGGUUCCUGCUCCUCCAUGCCCUUUCCUGUACAGCUUCAAGCCUCAAGAUUCAUCAAACUUCAGUCCUUCAAGGAAGAAUAAACUUCUUUGAUUAUUAGCAAGAUUUUUUCUUUCCGACAAACAAAAACCUCUUCUUCAUUAAGGUCGUCCAUGUCACAACAUGUGAAUGAAAAUUAAAAAUAAAGGUACUUCUUUAUC